UGGUAUCGCUCACUGCCAUUAUAGAGCUCGGCUGUGUCAGGAUAUUCAUUAAUAUUUCUCCAGUUGUGUACAUCAGAAAGAAUAAAGUCAUUUACACCUAGGAUGGCUUGAGGGUGAGUAAAGCUUGGGCUAAUUUUCAUUUGAAAGUGAACUAAUCCUUUAAGAACAUCUCUGCUUGUUUGCAAUGCAAUGGUAAAGAAAGAACUGGUUCUUUGAUUAAGUACAGAGUUUUCUUUACUCAAAAACACUUCAUAUAAAGAAUAAUGUUUUAGGUAUUUUAGUCUAGCAUGUGUAAUCGAGUCACAACCAAUACUGUCUUUAGCCUAUGUCACAAUAUGAGCCUGAGGUAAAUCCUGGUCAGAUGCUACUAGAAUAAAACUUUGAUGAAGGUCAGAUGAGCUCAGCUGCUAAUCGCAUAUGAUUUAAGUGUUAUUGUGAUCGUGGCCAAACAACAUCUACAUUCCUGCUUCCAGGACCGGAGCCACAGAAUGAGUCCGGAGAGAGAGAAUCUGUUUACUCUCUAGUGCCGUAGGCUUCCCUUUCUCUGGUUGACCUCCAUUCAACUGCAGCUGCUGCUGUCAAUCACCUGAAACCCGAUGUAGGACAGAGACACACGCACAGAGACCAAUGAGGGAAAGUUGAAGACACUUGCGUGAAUUUGCACUUAUAAGGACCUUCGGCUGUCAGACCCAAAUGGAGCAGGAUGAAAAAAAUGAGGGCGUCGCUGCAGAUGCUGAACUGGCAGCAGCGAUUAUGAAACGACACUUUCGUCCGUCAUUGAUCCGAACGGAAGCGUGGGAAGGCUACGGGUUUGCAGACAUUGAGAUUAAGAUCAAAGAGUCGAUGGACUGCUACGGGGCCGUUCUGUGGCCCUCGGCCAUGGUCUUGUGUCAUUUCCUCGACACUCACCGUGAGGAAUAUAACCUCAUGGACAAGAACAUCAUUGAGCUGGGAGCCGGAACAGGCCUCGUUACCAUAGUGACCAGCCUCCUCGGUGCGAAGGUAACGUCCACAGACUUGCCGGAUAUCCUGGGUAACCUGAGGCACAACGUGAUGCGCAACACCAGAGGGCGCUGCAGGCACGAGCCGCACGUAACCGAGCUCAGCUGGGGGAAAGAGCUGGAGGAGCGCUUCCCGCGCACAACCUGCCACUAUGAUUACAUCAUGGCCGCAGAUGUGGUGUACUCGCACCCCUACCUGCACGAGCUCAUGGAGACCUUCAUGCACCUGAGUUCAGACGACACCAUCAUCUUAUGGGCCAUGAGGUUCCGUCUGGACCCAGAGAACAGCUUCGUGGACACUUUUGAGAAACACUUUCACCUGCAAGAGCUCUACGACCUGCCCAGCCUGCGGAUAAAGCUUUACAGUGCACGCAAACGUAGACCAACACAAAAUUAACAAAAGGCCACCUAUAUAUAUAUAUAUAUAUAUAUAUAUAAUUUUUUUGUUCUUCGUAGUAUUUCAUAUUAUAUAGUUUCAAGAACUGUUCUAAGAAGAAAAAAUCAUUUCAGUUUACAUCUUGAUUUGAUGUUUUUUAUAUAUAUAUAUAUAUAUAUACAGUAUCUCACAGAAGUGAGUACACCCCUCACAUUUUUGUAAAUAUUUUAUUAUAUCUUUUCAUGUGACAACACUGAAGAAAUGACACUUUGCUACAAUGUAAAGUAGUGAGUGUACAGCUUGUAUAACAGUGUAAAUUUGCUGUCCCCUCAAAAUAACUCAACACACAGCCAUUAAUGUCUAAACCGCUGGCCACAGAAGUGAGUACACCCCUAAGUGAAAAUGUCCAAAUUGGGCCCAAUUAGCCAUUUUCUCUCCCCGGUGUCAUGUGACUCGUUAGUGUUACAAGGUCUCAGGUGUGAAUGGGGAGCAGGUGUGUUAAAUUUGGUGUUAAUCGCUCUCACUCUCUCAUACUGGUCACUGGAAGUUCAACAUGGCACCUCAUGGCAAAGAACUCUCUGAGGAUCUGAAAAAAAGAAUUGUUGCUCUACAUAAAGAUGGCGUAGGCUACAAGAAGAUUGCCAAGACCCUGAAACUGAGCUGCAGCACGGUGGCCAAGACCAUACAGCGGUUUAACAGGACAGGUUCCACUCAGAACAGGCCUCGCCAUGGUCGACCAAAGAAGUUGAGUGCACGUGCUCAGCGUCAUAUCCAGAGGUUGUGUUUGGGAAAUAGACGUAUGAGUGCUGCCAGCAUUGCUGCAGAGGUUGAAGGGGUGAAGGGUCAGCCUGUCAGUGCUCAGACCAUACGCCAAACACUGCAUCAAAUUGGUCUGCAUGGCUGUCGUCCCAGAAGGAAGCCUCUUCUAAAGAUGAUGCAGAAGAAAGCCCGCAAACAGUUUACAUUGUUAUACAGUUACACUGUUAUACAAGCUGUACACUCACUACUUUACAUUGUAGCAAAGUGUCAUUUCUUCAGUGUUGUCGCAUGAAAAGAUAUAAUAAAAUAUUUACAAAAAUGUGAGGGGUGUAUUCACUUCUGUGAGAUACUGUAUAUAUAAUUUUAAAUCAUCCUAUAGACUGUAUCUGACACUUUAAUGGUAUAUUUAUGUUUUUAAAGUCAACAUCAAAAUUAAGACGGACUCUAUUUACUCUCUUAAUUCACGUUCCUGGUCUUAAAUGAUUAAUCAGUGACUAAAAAACAAUGAUUAUGUCUUAAUAAUCUUUCAAAGUUCCUUCCUCCACCUCUAAAAUAAAAACUCAAAUGUGUA